UCCUUCCGAGGCUGUUUUCAUCGAUAGUCUCGGCCACUGCUCCGCCCCCGCCAGGAGCGCCGAGUGAUCGAUGGGAUAAGGGCGGAGGACGGGCCCGCCCCCUCCGGCCAUUUCCGUGCCGGCUCCCAAGAGAAGCAGACAGUUUUCUACUUCUACACUGGAUAACUAAAAGCAAAACUUGUAUGGAAACAUGCCACCAAAAUUCAAGCGCCACCUUAAUGAUGAUGAUGUUACUGGGUCAGUGAAAAGUGAGCGGAGAAACCUUCUUGAGGAAGAUUCUGAUGAAGAGGAGGACUUUUUUUUGAGAGGACCAUCGGGUCCAAGGUUUGGGCCUAAGAAUGAGAAGAUCAGGCAUGUUCAAAACCAGGUUGAUGAAGUUAUUGAUGUCAUGCAAGAGAACAUCACCAAAGUGAUAGAAAGGGGAGAACGGUUGGAUGAUUUGCAGGACAAGUCAGAGAGCUUAUCAGACAAUGCAACAGCUUUUAGCAACCGAUCCAAACAGCUCCGAAGACAAAUGUGGUGGCGAGGCUGCAAGAUGAAGGCUAUCGUUGCUCUGGUAGCUGUUAUUGUCCUGCUAGUGAUUAUUGUGGUGUCUGCAGCCUAUCCCCUCCUGAUAAAGAAGCAUGGAUGUGCAAGUGCUUCUGUCACUCUGCAAGAUUUCACAAAGAUUAUUCAUGCCACCUUAAUCAGAUCUGCAUGAAGUGUCCUUCAAGAAAUCAGAGCUUUUACAUCAAUGGGCAGCUAGAUCCAUGUUUUACCUACAAGAGCUCUCCAGCCCAUGCCCAAAUAAGUCAAAACACUGUGUGCCUUGGAAGAUGUAUCCAUUCUCAUCCAUGUUGGUCCUCAGUUCAGUCAGAAGACAGCAGUGCACAGCAUGUUUUAGGCAGAUGGGCUGCACUCUCCAGAGACCCUAUGCAAGAAACUAUUGAUCUACCCAAGCAUCAGCCUACAGCUGGAAACUGCACCGUUUAUUCUCUCAGUACCAGAGACCUGGAUCACAUAGCCCAACAUGGAUAUUGCGUGUCUUCUGUGCCCAUGCCUUAUGCCAUUUACUCAUCUCCAGUUUCCCAGGGAUAUUUGCAAAAUGAAGGUGGUCACAGAUUCUCUAACAAUGUGCCACCAGUUCUUGUUGCCGUGUAUCCUAAAAAACUAGGUUCUCAGCCUCAUAUGGAACAACUGGCCCAAAUUGACCGAACCCCAACACCCUGCAUUCACGAUAGCUAUUUGGCUUUUUCUGGGUAUUAGAAUUAGUGCUUGGAGCACAAGCAGUUUCACUUGUGUAUCAUAAAUGUAAGGUUAAUUGCUUCAACAUGGUGGUUUCCUUCCAUCCUGGUACAUUAUGCAAGUUUGCCAAUCUUUAUGGUUCCCCUUUGGAUCUGUUGCUCCUUUUGAAAUAAAAGUGGGGAGCAAGAUAGUCCUUGUCAUAUUUAUUGUGGGUUCAUUCUCUGAUUCUAGCUAGAAUGUUAGAACUUUGGGCUAACAGUCCAGGAUUUCAUAAAGGUUUCCUUGUUGACAUGAUUGUCAAGUUGUGUCUGUAAGGGGCAGUGCUCAUCUGUUACCAAGCUGAGGGAGCUAGCAUUGUCAAGGACGACUCCAUGGUCAUGUAGUCAGCAUGACUGCAUAGAUAGUUGUUACCU